AUGUUUCCUCCGCGUUCGGAGGCUCCGGGCCCCGAAAAGCUCGCCUUGUGCUAUGCGCCGCACGUGGACAUGUCCACCGUCAUCGAGGUUGAGGACCGGCUAACCGGCCACGGUGGCAUCUCGUCGCUCGGCGGCGGCAACUCGUCGCCGUACUCGAGCGCCCAUCAUCAUGGCCACCGGGGCCAGGGCAACGGGGGCGGCAUGCCCCAUCACGGGGGCGCCUCGCUGCCCACGGCCUCGGACUUUCAGCCGCCCUACUUCCCGCCGCCCUUCCCGUCCCAUCAUCACGCGCCGCCGAGUCCCCAGCAUCCGGGCCUCGCGCAGACCCAGCACCUCGACUAUCUGGUCGGCGAUCCCUACACCCAGACCCUCAACACCCUUCAUCAGCAUCACUACAACCACUUGAGCGCGGCCGUCUCGGCCGGACAGAGGAGCGGUGAUCUCAGGAGGGAUGCCGACAUACACGUCACAAACAUGCACGCGUCGUUUCCAUACGACAGCGGCCGCAACAGCGGAGGCGGUGGCGGCGGGGGCGGAGGUGGCGGCGGAAACACCGGCGGACGAGGUGGCGGAGGCGGCAACGUCGACUACAACUCGGUGCGCCGACCGGACGCCAUGCUGCCGCCGCCCGGCCUCGACCAGACGGACCUCGUGCUGCACACGAGCCUCGUGGACGACCCCCAGAAUACAAACGUCGACGACGGAGGUUUCAUGAACGACCUGCCACUACUGAAAAAUAUGAAGCCAUCGGAAAGAAGCGAGAAGGCCAUGCUCUCGGGUAACGCUCAACCCACGGACGUGUUCUGCUCGGUGCCCGGCAGGCUCUCGUUGCUCAGCAGCACCAGCAAGUACAAAGUCACAGUCGCGGAAGUUCAGCGACGAUUAUCACCGCCCGAGUGCUUGAACGCCAGCUUGCUCGGCGGCGUCUUGCGAAGAGCAAAAUCUAAAAAUGGAGGACGUUUACUCAGGGAAAAGCUAGAAAAAAUUGGACUAAAUCUUCCUGCCGGUAGAAGGAAGGCCGCCAACGUCACGCUGUUAACUUCUUUAGUCGAAGGUGAAGCUAUCCACUUGGCCCGAGACUUUGGCUACGUGUGCGACACGGAGUUCCCGGCCAAGCAGGUCGCGGAAUACUUGAGUCGGCAGCACUGCGAGCCACAGGACUCUUACAGGAGAAAAGAGCUUCUCCAUGCUACAAAGCAAAUCACCAAAGAGUUAAUGGACCUUCUGAAUCAGGACAGGUCACCACUGUGCAAUACUCGACCUCAACAUAUUCUGGAUCCGAGCAUACAGAGACACCUCACGCAUUUCUCUCUAAUAUCACACGGUUUCGGAAGUCCUGCUAUAGUUGCCGCUCUACAAGCAAUGCAGAAGUUCCUGAACGAAUCGUUAAAUCACCUCGAAAAAAUGUACCCGGGCAACAACGGCGGCGUGACCAGCAGUCAGCAAUCAUCGCUCGACGUCAAAAGUAAGGACGGAAACAUGAUGAACGAUAUGAAAAAGUGACGCCCAGACGACCCACCGACCUCGAACGUAGUCACGUCGAUAAGGCACUCGUGGCCCUACAAUUGAGUCAGCUCCGCUCAGUUGAUUCAGCCGGGCUACGACACUCGAUGAUUGUCAGCCAAAUUAAUGAAAGACGCGUAGAGAGGAUCGGUUGGUCGUGGACAGGAACAAACAAAAUUGUGUAUAGAAAUUUUUGGGAAUCGAGUUGCCGCCAAGCAAUGGACAAACAGCAACGGGAUAUCCCGCUCGAGGGCACGAGUCCCGAAGAAGCCCCGUCGUCGAUUGAUACAUUCAUCUGUUCAAAUUCGGCUUGUGGUCAAGCGAUCUCGUGCAUUCAGUAUUGUCUAAUUUUUACUAAUUUGAGAUUAAUUAGUUAAAGCGAUUUUAUCGGCUUGAGAUUCGUAUUACGAUGAAUAUUGUGUAGCGAUUAUGUUCAUUGUUCGUCAUUUGAAUUUAUGUAUUUCGAGAUAUCUGUGAAUCGAUAAUUGUAGAAACGCUGCAGGGAUCUGCUGUAUCAUACCCCCUAGGUAAAUAGUUUCAAAUCCGCGUCAGCGCAUUAUAUGUAUAAUUCUUCGUAUUCGUACAAGCCGAAUUAUCUCAUACAGAGGCUUCGUUAAAAAAUGUUCAUCGUUCAAUUCGUCGUGCACGAACUGGAAAUACCGAAAAUCUUUCGAUCAUUGUGCCAAUUUAAAUGUGACCGAAAAUAAAACUUGCCAUUAAUGGGUAGCCACUAUAAAGAAACGAGCGUGAAUAAGCGUGCAAGAUAGUCAAAUAAUCACGAUUUAUCAUUUUGUUUUUUUUAUCCGAGUCCGUUGAGAGUCCAAGUGUCAUUUGAGAGCGCGAUAUACACACUCUUUGAAAAAUAAUACUUCAAGCGUAGAAACUGCGAAUCUCGAGAGCCGUCAAAGUUAUACACUGCAUGGCAUGUAUGAUUAUGUACAUAGUAUUCAAAUUAAAUCCGUAAGUCUAAUUCUGAUACGUAACUAAGAUUUGUAAAAGACGUUCGAAUGUUCGAUUGGAUAAACCCGGUUGACACAUUCUCUGCGCGCAUGGAAAAGCAUAAAGUACAAUAUCGCAUAAACCUAAAAAAGAACCUAAGCCACGUCUUAACUUUGUAAACUAAAAAAUAUAUAUAGAAAUAAAACGAAAAUAAAAAAAGAAAUUGCAAAUUGCUAUGUAAAAAAUGCAAGUUCUAAGGGGGAAUUUGCUUUGAAGCAUUUGAUGCUUCCGAGUACAUAAACCUGUACAGAGCAUUUGAAUCUUUCUUGUGAUAUAAUCAUAUACAUAUGAAUAUAUAAAUAUAUAUUAUAUAUAAACAAUUCAUUAAGAUACUAUCGAUAUACAUGCAAAUUCCCGUAUGUGUACAUAAAUAUAAAACAAAUUAUUAUAUACAUUCCACGUUUUAAAAAUCUGCUCGACUUAUUAGCGGAUAUACAAAUAGAUAUUCGACAUUUUUUCUCAUUAAAUGUACAUAGAUAAUAUAGAUGAAUAAGUAUUUUUAUUUAUUAAAGCCAUGAUUUUCUUUGUGGCAAACGUCGGUAAUCGCAUCGCUAGUAAAGAAAACUUAAUGAUAUAGAUCAUUUUGUUUUUAGUAUACUCGUAUACAAUAUAUGUCUGUUGUACAAAUUAUAAGCUGUAUUUACUUUAUUAUAUGAUUUUGAAAAAUUUUGCUUUAUUCCAACGAGUAAUAGUUGUAAUGUAUUGUUAAAAAAAGAUGACUAUAUAAUAAAUAUAAAAAUACAAACCGAAUGCUGCCCACACUUAUAAAUGAUAUUCCAUUUUCAAAUUAAACAAUGUUCGAUUACUCAUUAUCUUCUAUGCUCAUUCGGAAAACUGACACGUUAAGAUUGCGAACGCGCAUGCAAUUUUUAUCUGCGACAUGAGUGCGGUGGUGGAACACGAUUUAGGAUUGAAAUAUAUUUCCAUCACAGUCGGGUCAAGGAGGCAAAGAAGAAAAUGUGUGAAUCAAAUUUUUCUUGUCACGUCAUCCAAAUCCAACGUUUUUUCAAUUGUCUUGUAGCACCGUAUCCGAUAAAUAAAGUC